AUAAUGCAAGCUCUAUCCAAACAAAUUAAUAAUUACUAGUUUUUCUUUCAAUUAUUCCAGCUUAAUCUAAUUUAAGUCCUAAGUUAAAUACUGGAAGAAAACUUUUUUAUCGCCCUUAUUCUUUUUAAGUUUUUUUUAUUUAUGAAAUGGGCAGGAUUAGAAAGGCAUCAAAAUAGGGGAUGGGCAUCGAAACUAUGCUGGCACCACCAACCCUGAUGAUCCUAUACCCAACAAACCUGCGAAUGUAUAAAUAUAACAACAAAACAGUACAAUACGAUGAGAGGUUAUCCUAUCGGCACAAGCAUUUUCCUCAUGGUUGAGCAUGAUUAGUUCCCUAAAUGAAACUUGUAGUCUAUGAAAAAAAUUAUUUUCAACUUCAACAGAAGAUGAAAAAAAAACAAUUUAUUCAAUAGGACAAUAUACCAUUUCUCUUUCUCUGAAAUUGAAUUUCUUAGAUAAUGCCAACUUAAAUAAUGACCACUUUUUGCGUCCACUCCACUUAACACUCUCAAAUCAUGAUCAGGUCUGAUUCUUCAACACCACCAAUUAUCUUUCUCCGAUUAGUUCUUAUCAGGAAAUCAAAAGCUAUAGUUAAGAAUCCCUUUUUCUAGUACCUGCCUUAGUAACUCAUAUGUCUUUGAUAACUAAAACAUUCAUUACCUAAGUUCCAAUAUUACUCGCUGAAAAAGAGGUCCUAUUUGAAUUUUUAAGCUACAAAAUACAAUAAUUUAGUAGGUCAGAUUAGAGUGCAAUUUUGAGUUUUGGACUCUGAUUAUAUAUGUAUGACCGUCAUUAGUCAUAUUAAAUAUCUUUCUUCCUCCACACACAAAUCUCUUAUCAUUGCCUAUGUCAAAUUCAUGACAUUAUAUAAUCAGGGAUGGCCACCUGUAAUAAUUUAAUAAAAUGGACAUAUCAUACUAACCAAAAGAACAAAAACAACUUGAAUAUUGGAAGGGGAAGGGGCAACCCACCAAAGUAAAACUUAGCAUACACUUAUUACGUGAAACAAGAAAUAUACAAUUAUUUAAAUAACCCUUGUAAGGAAAAUUUCAAAUCAUAUAGUAUACAUUACAAUCAUUAGACCAAAUUAAACGGUUCAGAUUGAUUGGCCAGUAAGUCUUAACAGGUCAACUGGGCUAUGCAAGACCAAGUCUAAAUUGCAUUACAAUGACCCUUUCGAUAGUUUCAACUUUCAUCAUACAUUGCCGUAUCAGCCAGCUAAAUCAAAACACAAAAAUAUAUUAUAAACAAAACUUGAGAGAGAUUCCGUUGUCAUCUUUAUGUGCUUUUCUUAUAUGCCGAAUGGCACAAAGCAUCAUCAACCAAUCCAAUAGGCAAUAGCUGUAGAAAAUAGAAAUGUCAAAUUAAUAUACAUAUAUACCAAACUAGUCUUAGAGUGCAACAAACAAGGAGGAGGAAGAAAAAAAAAUGCAGACCCUUAAUGAGGUCUCACAAACAUGCCCUCAAUGUUGUUGUUGCAGCUGCACAACCCCAUUUUUCAACUCACCAACAUCACAACAACACAACACAGCACCAAAAAUCAGAAACAGUUCUGCCGAGUGGCGCCACAGCUUCGCGGUCACAACAACAUCCUCUAUAUUCCCAAACACUCAAUUCACAAACCAUGAGUCUCUUCCAUCGCUUCAUGAAUCAUUCAAUGAGUUCACCAAAGCGUACACUCAGUAUUCUGAGACUGAACAAGUUGACCAUGUUAGAGCCAAGGACUAUUCCCACCUCUCACUCUCCAACCAAACUUGCCUUGAUUACAUUGGCAUUGGCCUCUUCUCUUACUCUCAACUUCAACACCAUGAAACAUCAAAAGGCCAAGUACCCUCAUCUUCAAUUCCUCAAACACCACCUAAUUACUCAGAUAUUCCAUUCUUUAGCUUGUCUUGCAAGACUGGGAGCCUAAAGACUUUGUUGCUUCAUGGAGGGCAAGACACAGAAUUUGAGGCUGCAAUGAGGAAGAGAAUCAUGAGUUUCCUUAACGUAUCUGAAAAUGAUUACUUCAUGGUUUUCACAGCAAACAGAACCUCAGCUUUCAAACUUGUGGCAGAUUCAUACCAAUUCCAAACUAGUAGGAGGCUUUUGACAGUUUAUGACUACGAGAGCGAGGCGGUGGAAGUGAUGAUUAGCUCCUCAGAGAAGAGAGGAGCCAGGGCCAUGUCAGCUGAGUUCUCAUGGCCAAGGCUGAGGAUCCAGACAACAAAGCUGAGGAAGAUGAUUGAGAGUAAGAGAAAGAAGAAAAAGAAGAGAAAGGGUCUAUUUGUUUUGCCACUUAGUUCAAGAGUGACAGGAGCAAAAUAUCCUUAUCUUUGGAUGAGCAUAGCACAGGAGAUUGGAUGGCAUGUGUUGGUUGAUGCAUGUGCAUUGGGGCCAAAAGACAUGGACUGUUUUGGCCUCUCUCUCUUUCAACCAGACUUUCUUAUUUGCUCUUUCUACAAGGUCUUCGGGGAAAACCCUUCUGGAUUUGGAUGCCUUUUCAUCAAGAAAUCUGCUAUUUCCAGCUUGGAAUCUUACCCUUCUGCAGGAAUUGUCAACCUUGUACCAGAAAAGCAGCCUCAUCAAUUAUCAGAUGAUUCUUCUGGCACUGACUUGGAACUUAAAAACAAACCAUCACCAGCAUGCCUACAUGAAGAGAAACUAUUUCCUUUAUCAUAUUUCUCAGGUCCAAUGCAAACUAAACAAUCAGAAAUAGUUGAAGAAGGAGAACCACCUGACUCAAAAUUAAAAGCUCCUCAAUGUUCUGAAAUUGAGGAGGUACAACAAGAGGCAGUUCAGAACCUUAAGAAAAGUAGUAAAGUCGAAGAAACUGACAUUCAAUGUAGGUGCUUAGACCAAGUGGAUUCUUUAGGAUUGAUUCUCAUCACUAACCGGUCAAGGUACCUUAUAAACUGGCUUGUAAACUCAAUGCGGAAGCUUAAGCAUCCCAACACACAAGGGGUUCAUUUGGUCAAGAUUUAUGGUCCAAAAGUGAAAUUUGAUAGAGGGCCUGCUUUGGCAUUCAAUAUAUAUGAUUGGAAAGGUGAAAGGGUCGAGCCUGCUCUUGUUCAGAAACUUGCUGAUAGAAGCAACAUAUCUAUCAGCUAUGCAUUCCUGCAUCAUAUUUGGUUUGCUGAUAAGUAUGCAGAAGAGAAGGGAAAAGUCCUACAAACCAAAGUGGUUGGAGGCCAAGAAGGAGUGAUGACAACAACCAACAAGAAAGAUAGUGUUGGAAUCAGUGUGGUUACUGCUGCAUUAGGCUUCCUAGCUAAUUUUGAAGAUGUCUAUAAGCUUUGGGCUUUUGUUGCUAGGUUCCUUGAUGCUGACUUUGUGGAGAAGGAGAGGUGGAGAUAUAUUGCUAUCAAUCAGAAAAUAGUUGAAGUUUAGUUUAUUCCAAUUUAGUUUCAUUUAUUCUUAUGGAUUGUAGUAGGUCUUGGAAGAAUCCAUUAAGUGUGACUUCUGCUGAAAAUUUCAUGUGAAUGCAAAUAUGAUUCUCCAAGGAAACAAGGAUUACUUACCCUAUUCAUUCAUUUGUAUGAAGGAUUCAGAAAUUAUGUGGAUAAUUCAUUAUGUCAAAUUAAUAUACUUUGUUUCGUGCACUA